AAACCCUCCCAAAAACCCUAUUCAAACCUCUCCCUCUCUUCCCAAAGUUCCAACCUUUUCCGCCAUUCCCGAAAUCCCCUCUCUUCCGGCGGCCCUCCCGGAGAGGGCGCGAUUCCAGGGUUCUGCCCGGUCGCCGGCCGGCGCGCCUCGUUCUCGGCCCCUUUCCGCCGCCGCCGCCGCCGCCGCCGCUCGCAAGCAGGAUGUCGUACGAAGAGGAGGUCUUGAUGCGGGACGUCGCCAACGCCGGGAUCGUCCUGAGCGACCGCAUCGGCCGCGAGGCCGCUUCCCACACCGACCUCGAGGAAGCCCUCGAGGCCUCCAGAUACGUCAGCCAUCCUUACUCGACCCACCCCAGGGAGUGGCCUCCUUUGGUAGAGGUAUCGGAGACCUGGGAGUUACCACCUGUACUCAUUGAAAGAUAUAAUGCUGCUGGUGGGGAAGGAACAGCUUUAUGUGGAAUUUUUCCAGAAAUACACAGGGCAUGGGCAUCGGUCGAUAAUUCUUUAUUUCUUUGGCGGUUUGAUCGGUGGGAUGGUCAAUGUCCUGAAUUCAACGUUGAGGAACAAGCUAUAUGUGCUGUUGGCCUCUGUAAAUCCAAACCUGGCAUCUUUAUUGAGGCCAUCCAGUAUCUAUUGAUUUUAGCCACGCCUCUUGAGUUGAUUCUUGUUGGAGUAUGUAGCUCUGGAGGAGCUGAUGGCACCGAUCCAUAUUCUGAGGUCUCUCUACAGCUUCUGCCAGAAUAUACAAUUCCAUCUGAUGGAGUUACCAUGACAUGGAUCACCUGUACUGAGAAAGGUCGUAUUUUCCUGGCUGGCCGUGAUGGACACAUUUACGAACUUUUAUACACCACUGGUUCUGGCUGGCACAAACGCUGUCGAAAGGUUUGCGUUACUGCUGGUUUAGGUACCGUUAUUUCAAGGUGGGUUGUUCCAAAUGUAUUUAAGUUUGCAGCAGUGGACCCUAUUGUAGAAAUGGUUUUCGAUAAUGAAAGACAAAUUCUGUAUGCACGGACAGAAGAAAUGAAAGUGCAGGUUUUUGUUCUAUUACCAAAUGGAGAUGGGCCAUUGAAGAAAGUAACAGAAGAAAAAAAUCUUAUAAAUCAGAGGGAUGCACAUUAUGGAGCUAGACAAUCAACUACUCAGAGAGCCUCAACUCGACCAGGAAAGCCCUCAAUAGUUUCUAUUUCGCCUUUAUCAACGGUUGAAUCAAAGUGGCUACACCUCGUUGCGGUAUUAUCAGAUGGAAGACGAAUGUACCUUUCAACUUCAUCAUCUAAUGGAAACACUGGUAGUGUCGGUGGGCUGGGUGGAUUUGACGCAAGCCAUUAUAAGCCAAGCUGCUUAAAAGUAGUAACAUCUAGACCUUCCCCUCCUUUGGGGGUCAGUGGUGGCCUUUCCUUUGGAAACAUAUCUCUCUCAGCUAGAUCUCCUAGUGAGGAUCUCUCACUGAAGGUUGAAUCUGCCUACUAUUCCACAGGGACUCUUGUCCUUUCUGAUUCAUCAUCACCCACUGUCUCUUCUCUUCUCAUUGUGAACAAGGAUUCAAGCACACAAUCAUCUUCAUCAGGUGCAUUAGGAACAAGUGUAAGAAGUUCUCGUGCAUUACGGGAAUCUGUUUCUUCCCUACCCAUUGAAGGUCGAAUGCUUUCUGUGGCAGAUGUUCUACCACCAGAUACCGCAGCCACUGUUCAGUCACUGUAUUCAGAACUUGAGUUUUGUAGGAUCGAAAAUUCGGGGGAGUCCUCAGAAAAGAUAUCUGGGAAACUUUGGGCCAGAAGUGACCUUGCAAUACAACACAUAUUGCCUAGGAGAAAAGUUGUUGUAUUCAGCACAAUGGGCUUGAUGGAAGUUGUUUUUAACAGGCCUGUGGACAUAUUGAGAAGGUUGUUUGAGUCCAGCUCUCCGAGAUCUGUUUUGGAAGACUUCUUCAACCGAUUUGGAGCUGGUGAGGCAGCUGCAAUGUGUCUGAUACUAGCUGGCAGGAUAGUUGAUUCUGAAAAUAUUAUUAGCAAUGCUGUUGCUGAGAAGGCUGCCGAGUCUUUUGAGGAUCCAAGACUUGUGGGAGUACCACAGCUUGAAGGUAGUGGUGGAUUGUCCAAUACAAGAACUGCCAGUGGGGGAUUUAGCAUGGGGCAGGUUGUACAAGAGGCUGAGCCUGUAUUUUCUGGUGCCCAUGAAGGGCUUUGCUUGUGCUCAUCAAGGUUGCUGUAUCCAGUGUGGGAGCUUCCUGUCAUGAUUAAGAAAGGGGGCUUUGGUUCCUCUGCUGAUGUGCCGUCGGAAAGUGGUGUAAUUGUCUGUAGACUUUCCUUUGGGGCUAUGCAAAUUCUCGAAAACAAGCUGCGUUCAUUGGAGAAGUUUCUGAGGUCCAGAAGGGACCAGAGGAGGGGACUUUAUGGGUGUGUGGCUGGUCUAGGAGACUGGACAGGCUCUAUCUUGUAUGGGACACAUCCAGAAUCAGGGGUCGGUGAUAGGAGUCUUAUGAGAAAUUUAUUUGGUUCUUACUCUCGGAAUGUUGAUUCUAAUGGUAGUGCGACAGCCAAUAAAAGGCAGCGGCUACCGUAUAGUCCUGCAGAGUUGGCUGCUAUGGAGGUGCGAGCAAUGGAAUGCAUCAGACAGUUGCUUCUCAGAUCUAGUGAAGCGUUAUUUUUGCUUCAGCUUCUUUCCCAACAUCAUUUAACACGCUUGGUUCAGGGAUUUGAUUCUAGUUUUCAGCAGUCCUUGGUUCAGCUAACCUUCCAUCAACUGGUUUGCUCUGAGGAGGGCGACCGCAUUGCCACAAGGCUUAUAUCUGUUCUAAUGGAGAAUUAUACUGGUCCUGAUGGUAGGGGAACAGUAGAUGACAUCAGUGCCAGAUUGCGUGAGGGUUGUCCAAGUUACUUCAAAGAGUCCGAUUACAAGUUUUUCUUGGCUGUGGAAUGUCUUGAGAGAGCUGCUGUAACUUCAGACAUUGAGGAGAGGGUGAACCUUGCAAGGGAGGCCUUCAAUUCCUUGAGUAAAGUUCCAGAAUCUGCUGACUUGCAAACCGUCUGCAAAAGAUUUGAGGACUUAAGAUUUUAUGAAGCUGUGGUGCGUUUGCCUUUAGAGAAGGCACAAGCUCUCGACCCCACUGGUGAUGCUAUGAAUGACCAAGUUGAUGCAGCAGUUCGUGAACAUGCACUUGCUAAGCGGGAGCAAUGCUAUGAAAUUAUCAUCAGUGCCCUGCGUUCUCUGAAAGGCGAGGCUUCACACAGAGAAUUCGGUUCCCCUGUUAAGCCUGUUGCUGCACGGUCAAUCCUUGAUCAGGCUUCUCGGAAGAAAUAUAUCUGCCAAAUUGUUCAACUUGGAGUUCAGUCACCUGAUCGAUUAUUUCAUGAGUACCUGUAUCGUGCUAUGAUCAAUUUGGGCCUGGAAAAUGAAUUGUUGGAAUAUGGAGGCCCGGAUUUGGUACCUUUUCUUCAGAGUGCAGGCCGGCAAACUAUCCAAGAAGUUCGAGCUGUUUCUGGGGUAUUGUCAGCUACUUCUCCAUCAGGUCAACUUGGUGGAGCUAUCCAAAGUAAUCAGGCAAAGUAUUUUGAUCUUCUUGCACGGUAUUAUGUCUCAAAGAGGCAGCAUGUGCUUGCAGCUCAUGUCUUGCUUAGACUGGCAGAGAGGCGAUCAAACAAUGCAGGGGAUGCUCUGACUCUAGAGCAAAGGUUUCAGUACCUCAGCAAUGCAGUUUUACAGGCAAAGAAUGCAAGUGCAAAUGAUGGCCUGCCAGGUUCUAACCAGACCUUUGACAGUGGACUGCUAGAUUUGCUUGAGGGGAAACUCGCGGUUCUCCGAUUUCAAAUAAAGAUUAAGGAGGAACUUGAGGCUAUAGCUUCCAGGUUAGAAAGCUCGCAAGGCAUGUCUGAUUCUGCCCCAGCUGAUGAUGGCAUGACCGAGGACAUUACUUAUGCUGGAGCUGCACGAGAGAAGGCCAGAGAGUUAUCAUUAGAUAUGAAGAGCAUAACGGAGCUUUACAAUGAAUAUGCAGUUCCAUUUGAGCUUUGGGAGGUUUGUCUGGAGAUGUUGUACUUUGCAAACUAUUCUGGCGAUCCUGAUAGCAGCAUUGUAAGAGAAACCUGGGCCAGAUUAAUUGAUCAAGCUAUAUCAUGUGGUGGUAUUGCUGAAGCUUGUUCAGUGCUGAAGAGGGUUGGUUCUCACAUGUACCCUGGAGAUGGAGCUGUUUUACCUUUGGACACUCUCUGCAUCCACCUUGAGAAAGCUGCGUUGGAGAGAUUGAAUUCCGGAGUUGAAUCUGUCGGGGAUGAAGAUGUUGCAAGGGCUCUUCUUGCUGCUUGCAAGGGUUCCACUGAGCCUGUUUUAAACACAUAUGAUCAAUUGCUUUCAAGUGGAGCUAUUUUACCAUCACCUAGCCUCAGGUUAAGGCUUCUUAGAUCAGUGUUGGCAGUGCUUCGUGAAUGGGCAAUGUCUACAUUUGCACAAAGAAUGAAUACAAGCAUCACGGGAGCUUCAUUAAUUAUGGGCUCCUACUCAUUUGAGCAAACAGCGGUAAUAAACCAGGGGGUUCGAGAUAAGAUUGCUAAUGCUGCUAACAGGUACAUGACUGAGGUUCGAAGGUUAGCCCUUCCACAGAGCCAAACGGAGCCGGUUUAUCAAGGUUUUAGAGAACUCGAAGAAUCUCUCAUGAGACCCUUUUCCUUUGAUCGACUUUGAUUGUUUCGAUGUCCAUCUUGUAACAAUUAGUUUUCUGCUCGGGUGUCGAAAUGUAAUUGUAAUCUUAUUGUAGCUAGCUAACGAUCCCAAUAAAUCCUUACCAUGAGUAGCUUUUUCUGAGGACUAGGUGAGCGUACUUCUGGAGCAUGUACGGAAUGUUUCUGUAGGUCUUUCUUCCAUUUGAUCAGUGAAAAGAGUUCAUUCAAAAUGCCCCCUUGUCCCGGGGAGACGGCAUCGCAA